AUGACGACUCCCGUUCCUGUGCCGUCCAAGGCGGCCAUACGAGCCCUACGCGGGCUUGUCUUCGGCACCACAUGCUCCCUGGCUCUAGUCUUGGAAACUCGCCGACGGAGGAUCAGUACUGUCCAGACGGCCAUACACAAUGGCCGGCGCAUCAAGUCGCAUGAGAGAUACCGCGCCGACGCUGCCGACGCGACCAUCCGCGCCCUCGAAGAGGAGAUACUGCUACAGAGCUCGCGACCCAACCACUAUGCCGAAGAGAACCCUCGGUUGGCAUUGUCACAAUCCGAUCUGCCGUGGGAGGCUAGAGAGCACCUUUCCAUAGAAACGUCUCUUGGCAGGGAGCCUCCAAAAACUUCAAAUACUAGAGACCAUUUCGAACGCAAAACACCGGACAGUCGAGGCGACGAGCAGGCGAACACAGGGGCUCACACCAUGAAUACCACAGGCACAGAAUCUAUCAAUAAACGGGACCUGUUUGUCGAUCACACACAACUGAACGAGCCACGCAGGCCGCCUGUUUCAAACGCCAAGACACGGCCGCGGGCAGCGUUGGGCCCAAUGAGGCUCAAAGCCGACCCCAUCAGUACAGCUGCAUCUCGGGUCGACUCGCUUUGUGCAACAGGGAAUAAGGAAGAUCUCGUGCGAGCCAUGAAUCUUCUAGAUUCUGUAUUCGACGCGCCGAUGACGGACCUGGAGCCUCACUUGCAGGAGAUUUUACAAUCUACCGCUACGCUCUCUAAAGCAUUGCAGGAAGCGGAGUCCUUUUCAAGCGCCUUAAAGUUGAUGAGUGAUAUUCUUCGUCUACACAGGGUCCAUCGUCUCGUGAUGGAUGAGGAGCUUUAUUGGUCCCAUAGUCCGUUACCACUUGCGGAUUUCGUGAUGGCACAGGAGGUCCCGCAAUAUGACCUUGCCAUAGAUUUGUUUGCCCCGAAGUUCUCCCAAAAGCCCGGGCCAACCAACUUGGCCACUGCAAUAGAUGUUCUGAAGACGGGAGAGAAACUUUUUACCAAGCUUUUAUCCCGGCAAAGCUUCAGACGCGUGGACAAGGUCUUGAAAAGAGUGAAAUGUUACAGCUGCAUCCCUGGCGGGCAUGAGUUCGAGUUGCGUAUCCUCCGCCAGCUAUUCGAAAGCGGCGAGCGCGUGCGUGUGGUUGAGUUCUUCCUCACCCAAGCAUCGACGGACGAUUUGAGCCUAGAGUACGAGUCUUGCUUUUUGGAGAUGGGUGACAUGGUCUUUGGCUGUGUAUCUGAACUAGGCGGCUAUAAGGCCAUGUCGGUACUGGAGCGUUUGCUCCAAGUGAGGCCUCAAAGCCAUCAUAUAAAGGUGGAAUGGGCGACUCAGCUGCUCUAUCUUGACUGGCGCGAGCAUGGCCAGCUAGAAAAGCUGGUCAAAGGGUUUGAGGCUCUGGAAGAAAAGCGGUUUCCCGAAGCCGUCUCUUACGCAGACGCGCCUUACCGAGCCAUGAUUCAAAUCCUGCUAGAGGCUGGUGAUGAGAGCGGUGCCCGGCGGUUCUUCGAGAAGCUUGUCGCCCAGAUGCCAUCAAAAAAGACGGAUGGAAGGAUUAACUUGCUGUUUGCCCUUGCCCGAGCAAAGGCUGGCGACUUCGCAACUAUGCACAGAAUGUUGGAGCAAAUAUCCAAGAGCCAAUGGGCAGAGUCGACCGAUCGCGCCGCAUGUCUCGUUCCCAUCUUGCAGGCCUUCAGCGAGAAACAUACGAUCAAGCAAACGGAAGAGUUCUUGAGGGAUCUCUUGGAAAGUUUCCAGGUCAAGCCUUCAACGUAUAUGCUCACAUUCAUGGCCAAGCUGUAUGGAGGUGUCCGUGAUACCAAGUCUUUGAUAGGCUGGAUCAAGUUUUGCAUCAACUCGGGCUUGAAACCAGGGCCACAUUACACCAACGCACUGUUGCGCAGUUGCCACUUAGACUGGAAAUUUCACUUCCUGGAACUGCGACAGGUGCAUCGUCUUUUGCAACGCCAAGGUCCUGAAUCUACAGACCAAGUUACAGCCAACAUAAUGAGCAAGGCAGCACUUGCGUCUCCCUCGGUUCACAGGAAGGGCACCAUUAGCUUUUCUUUGUCGACAAAACACAAGUCAGCCUCUCGCCAGGCGGUCCCUGAUCGACACACGGUCGCGAUUGCGAUGGGGAAAUCGAUUGAGAAUAAAACACCACUAAAAGCCAUCAAUUUGUACAAGCAUGCGACCAGCAAUGGAAUGCCUCAUUGUCAGAGGUGCCUUCGACUGUUUGUAGAUGCAUCCCUAGCCCAUUACGGGGAGGCAAACAUUGAAGGCACGCUGUCUUAUCUACAACACUUGCAAGAGGAAUCGAAAGUCGACACCAGGGGCGCCAUUUCUCACGUACUGGCUUGGCAAAUUAAGAACAUCGACACCGAUCUAGGUUACGAGCACCUAGAGCGUCGUGUCCAAGACAUGCUGCGAAAGAUGCGUGCCGCGAAGCUUGUCUUUAGAGGGAAAGCUCUCAACGGUGCUGCCAAGCUAUACUCUGAGGCAGGCAACCAUCAAGGGGCGAUUGGUCUGGCGUUGAUGGCUGCAGACGAGCAGGGUCUCGUGCCGGGUUACUGCGUCACCAACUUUGCGGUCCUACUUGACGGUUAUAUUCAUACUCAGCAGCCUGAUAUGCUUGCAGGUCUUGUUCAGACAGCUACGGCAUUGGGCCACUGGGAAAAGCUCGCCAAGCGAGGCCUUGGUAUUCUCAAGCGAUUGAGGCAUUGGCGAAGUAGGAUUGAGCAGGCUGUCCUGGAAAACCCCGGGUCCAUCUUGGAGAAGGCUCUUCUUGUUCCUCUAGAGACUGCAAUAGCAGAGCUGAAAAGUUGCCGACGGCGGUUUGAAGAGGAUGAACGGGAACUCAAAGGCAUGGUGCAGGAUAUUAUCAAACAUGCUGCCCUGGAAGCAGAAAACGACUCGGUCUGCCGGUUUCAGGGGCGCGAAGAGCUAAAGCUCGGCGACCGCCCCGGCGACGUGAUAACGACGACGGGUAUGGGCGGCACCAACAAUAAAGCUUAG